AUGGAUCAGGAGCAAAAGAGUGGUGUAGACACUAAUGCUGCUGAUAAAUACGUGUACACAUGCCGCAAGUGUCGACGUGUUCUCUUUUCACAUGAAGAGAUUCUACCACACGACACAGAUCCCAACAGCAGCGGUAAUAAAGGGUUUAAACAACGUGGUUUAGUUCAACAACAACAAUAUCAGGAGGAACUAACAGCGGCAUCCGGAUAUGAGGCGUGCACAAGUUAUUUUCUCGAUCCCGAUGUGUCGCUGUGGGUUGCAGAGGAAAGUCGUGCGGUUCAUCUCGCGAGUGGUGGUGCGGAUGUUUCGCCGGAUACGAUUUAUUGUCCAAAUCAAAAUUGCGGUGUGAAGAUUGGAACACAGUCGUGGAUUGGCUCCCAGUGUUCAUGUGGGGCGUGGAUAACACCAGCAUUUAAGAUUCAUAGUCGAGCUGUGGAUAAGAUACCAGUGAGUUGA